UUAUAUUCAAAAUAUUAGUUGUAUAAUCUACUCGUCUGUUAUAGGUCCAUUAGACAUAGUUUCUUAAAUUUUAAAAAUAUUUUAAAUAUUGAUAAUUGGUCGAUCUCUAUAGAAAAAUUACUAAGAUGUUAAUGCUAUUCUCAAUCGUCUUUAUGAUAUUUGCCAAAGCCUCAUCACAUUUUAAUCAGAAAAAUGAUGACUUAUCAAGAUACGCUGAAGAUAUAAUAAGUAGACAAAAAUCCCACUUAUAUAAAAGAGACACAAGAGAAAAUGAAUUUAAUGAUGUUUUGGGAAAUCCAAAUUACUACGAUUCAAUUUACGAUGCGCCGCCUUAUGUUUUCGAACCCAAUUAUGAUAUGCCAAGUGAAAAAGAAAACAACGAAAUAUACAAGCAAAGAGAUGUGAUCAUGGACCCAUCAAAGUGGUUAAACGUAAAGAGGGCUGCAUCUGCUCUUAAGUGGACUGGGUUGGGCAAAAGAAAUUUCCUUCAAUUUGAACCCAGAUCUUCGUCAAAUCUAAGAUGGAUUGGAUUAGGCAAAAGGUUUGAUUCAUACGAUGACGAAUUUCCGUUUUAUUCAGCUUCCAUGGAUAAGCCUCAAUCACGUUCAACCUUGUUUAAAUGGACAGGGCUGGGAAGAAAAAAAAGAUUGCAACCUUAUAAUUAUGGAAACUUUUAUGACCCAAGAAAUCUAAGGAGUUCCAUGCAAUACAAGUGGACCGGAUUAGGUAAGAGAUCCCCCAGAAUGAAUUACAAUCGAUUAUAUUCAUCAUCUUAUAAUUCUUUUUUACCCGAUAAUGCACAAAAUGAUUUUUCUGCUGUAGAAGGAAUACUGAAAUUUAGAAAUUUAAGCAAAAUAGACAAUUUAUAUAGAUAUGAUGCUAAAGAUGAUGCUACAAAUAAAUACAUAAAUAACAAUAAUUACCCUUUUUAUAAAUUCCAUGAUUCAUCUGGCUUGAAAAGAAUUCAGACCAAAAAAUUAAACCCAAUAUAUCAGUGGAGGGGAUUGGGAAAUUGAUAAGCAAAUCUUCUUUUAAAAAAAAUUAAUUUAUUGUUUAUUUCGUCUUUUACUAUGUCCAAUUUCAAUAUUUUUAUAGGCACCAUUAAUUUAUGUUUGUAUAAUACCUGUCGGCUUUAUUUUUU